UUCUUGGCGGGAAUUGAGAUUUGACAUAUGUGAUUUAUUUUAAUUGAAUUAAACAAAAGAUAAAAACAAAGAUUUUUUUGAAAUGCAAUGCGUAAUUAUUUGUGCAGAUGAUCUCUUGAUUAAAGUUGAUUGUAAGACAAUGGUGUGUAACGUUAUUUGAAAGUUGAUGCGCAAAUUCGAGUAACGUUUACAGCUGCUAUCAUGAUUGAGACAAGGAAUUCUAAAAGAUUAGCUGGGAAACAAAGUGUAGACCCUACGGCAAAAUGUAAUGGAGCUUCUUUAAAUGAAAACAUCAAAGAAAGCAAAAGAAAUCAAAACAGGAUUUGUAAGCAAAAAUUACAAGGAAAUAAAAAGGAAAAUGAUUUGAGAGACAAAGGGAAGAAGGGGAAGGAUAUAGUUUCUGACAAAACCAGUGCAACUAAGAACAUAUGUUCCAACAGUACCAUUAGAUCAUCUGUAAGAUUAAUAGAGAAUAAGUCAAAUUUACAGAAGUUAAAGAUUGAUGAAUCUGAAAAAAUAAAGAAAGUUCUUAAUUCUAAAAGAAAUAUCAAAGUGGAUAAGGAAAACAAUUUGCCUGAAAAUAAAAUAUCGGUGCCUAAUCCAUCAAAAGAACUUAAAACAAAUAUUAACAGUAUAAGAAAAAUUACUAAGAACUUUCCUCUUAAAACAAUUUCUGAUAAUGCUGUUUCUCAUGUCCCAAUAUGGGCUGUUGAUAAAAACCUACCUAAAAAACAAACUGAAAAACGUGCAUCUGAUAUCUAUAAUAUUGAAAAAGAUGAGGAUUUAAUGAAUGAGUUGUCUCCUGUUAAAAAGAAAAAGAAGACUGCUGUUAAAAAACCUCAAGUAAUUAGAAACAAAAUAUUUUCAAAGAAAACUCUUUCAUCUCUUACUAGUCACAAAAAUGUAUUUUUAUCUACCAAAGAAGCUAAACCUGCUAGACAAUUAAAGUGUGAAGGUUGGAAUAUGAUUAAAACAAACCCAGCUGAACCAACAUUACAUACUGUAGAUAAACACGAGAUACUUGGAACUGCUUCUAUCUUGAAAUCCACUGAUCCUGUUCUAGAAUCAGUUGAUUCUAUCAUGGAAUCUGCUAUAAAAAAUACAGGAAUCCCUACUGCAACAAAUGAAAUUGUAAUAGAAAGUAAUACAAAAACCCAAGAAAAAGGUGAAAAAUAUGUGGAGGAUUGCAUUACUGACUGCUACUCUAGUUUUGUUAACAUUGAUACUUCUGAUAUUUCUUUUGGAAAGUCAGUUGCAAAAUGCUUGGACAAAUCAGUGAAUAAUAAUAUGACACCAGACAAACAGAGUAAUCAAAGUGUUGUUAAGAUGAAUCAUUAUGUUGAGGAUUGCAUUGAUGAAUGUUAUGCCAGCUUUAUGAACAUGGAUACAUCUUUACGAGAAUCUGUUGAAAAAGAUAAGACCAAGGUAUCAAGAAUCGACAUGACGCCAGACAAAACUAAUUCUAAAAAUGUUAAAAUGUCAAAGAAUUCCCCUGGUAGACAAAUAUUUUUAAUACCCAAAAUGACAUCAACUCCAGAAAAUGGGGAUAAUCCUGUUAUUCAAACUGUGAAACACCAAUCAAAGAACUGUGGAUUGUUAUUAUCAGAAAUGUCUGCUAUUCCUUGUACAGUGUCUCGUAAUAUUCAGUUAGAGCUAUCAGAAAUUGAAAUAUCACCAAUUAAAGCUUCUUUAAAUAAUCAGGAAACUUCAUUAUAUGAAUCUCCAUCUGAGGAAAAUAAAAAUUCCAAGAAUGUAAUUUGCUUAUCUGUGGAGGCAAAGAAUGCAAUUGAUUCAAAAGAAAAAGCAUCAGUGAAGGUUUGUGAAAAAAAUCUACCAGUCAAAUCAAGUAAUUUAUCAAAAGUUUCCACAAAAGAGAAUUGCAUGAAAACUAAAAAUAGUCGUGGGGAUGCUGAUACUUUAUUGCAAAAGGAAAAUGCUGAAAAUGCAGCUCUUCCUAAACUUGGAUACAAAAGGAAAGGGCCAGUAUCACCAUUGAAACCAAUUCAAGUUAAUUCUGUUUGUAAUAACAUUUUACUUAGUGUUGAUGGAAAUGAAGGUGUUUUACCAUCUCAUAAAAGUGACAAAAAUCUUGGUAAAACACGACAAAAACAUACACAGUCGAAGAAAAUUGCUACAAAAAGUGUAAGCAAUAUAGCUAAUUCAUCUGAGAAUCCAGAAGAAAAAAGUGACUCAAGCUUUUAUAAAAUAGCACUUUUUGAAUCACCUGAAAAGGAAGAAACAGGCAUUGAAAAAGCAAAGCAUUUUUCACCUGUAAAGAAAGUGAAAAAGCACAUAUUUAACAAAGAGACUGUUUCAUCUCCUAUAAAAGAUGACAAUCAUUUCAAAGUGUUAAAACCUGUAAACUGUUAUCAAUCUCCUCAUCAUUCCAAGAGACUUAAAUCUAGAACAAAAGUAACUCAUGAUGAGCAAAAGAAGACUAAACAUGUUAAAGAAGCUGACUGUCAGCCAAAGAAGCAGGCAUCCAGAACAAAAGCAACACAUGGAGAAAAACGAAAAGCAAAGGAGCUAGAGGAAAAAGCUGAAAAAUUAGAUGAACUCAUUGAAAGUUUAAACCAACACUUCUCUGAAUUGGAAAACAUGGAACUUUGUUUUGAAUAAUAUGGAAUCCAUGUUUGGAAAAACAAAUGGAAGCAUUUUAGAAUUCUUUUUAUUGAACACUAACAUUUUAUCAUAUGUUAAUCAUUUAUAUUAUACAUCUUGCAUUAUAUGUAAUUUAUUACUAAUUCUAUAUCUGCACUAAGUAAUUUUUUCUCAAUAUAAAAGAAUUUUUUAUCAGUUAUUGUUUAUUAUUACAUUUUUGAUAAACAUUUAAAUGCCCUUACCUAGACUAGGCUAUUUAAUCAAUUUGGAUUUUAUAUUAUGAAAAUUCUUUCUAUUUGAGAGAAAUGGUAGUCAUUUACCAUAUUUUGUGAUAAGUAAUGAAUUUGAAGAACAAGGUUUAUGUAGGUAUUAAAGAUUUUUUUCUGUGAUUCAUAAACAAUUUUAUUUAAUGAAUGUUUAAACUCCUGAUAUUUUGUUUGCUAUUUUCAUUUCAAUAUUUCAUGCAAGUAAUUUAUAAUUCAAAAUAAGAGUUAAUGCUUUGUAAAAUUUGCAAUCUUUCUG